AUGGCUCGUCAAUUCUUCGUUGGUGGUAACUUCAAAUUAAACGGUUCAAAAGCUUCAAUUAAAGAAAUUGUUGAAAGAUUAAACACUGCUCAAUUAGACCCAAAUGUCGAAGUUGUCAUUGCUCCUCCAUCAACUUACCUUGAAUACACAACUUCUUUAGUUAAAACUAAACAAGUUGAAGUCAGUGCUCAAAACGCUUAUGUUAAAGGUUCUGGUGCUUUUACUGGUGAAAUUUCAGUUGAACAAAUCAAAGAUGUUGGUGCUACUUGGGUUUUAUUAGGUCAUUCUGAAAGAAGAACUAUUUUCAAAGAAUCUGAUGAAUUCAUUGCUGAAAAGACUAAAUUCGCUUUAGAUCAAGGUUUAAAAGUUAUCUUGUGUAUUGGUGAAACUUUAGAAGAAAGAAAAUCUGGUAUUACCGAUUCUGUUAACCAAAGACAAUUAUCUGCCGUUAUCAAAUUAGUUAAAGAUUGGUCAAAUGUCGUUAUUGCUUAUGAACCAGUCUGGGCUAUUGGUACUGGUUUAGCUGCCACUCCAGAAGAUGCUCAAGAAACUCAUAAAUCUAUUAGAGAUUUCUUGGCCAAGGAAUUGGGUCAAGAUGUCGCUGAAGCUACUAGAAUCUUGUAUGGUGGUUCUGCUAACGGUAAGAAUGCUCCAACUUUCAAAGAUAAAGCUGAUGUUGAUGGUUUCUUAGUUGGUGGUGCUUCAUUAAAAGCUGAAUUUGUUGACAUUAUCAACUCUAGACAAUAG